AAUAAAAUAUAAAAAUUGAUUCCCGUUCCUUCUCUGUUAGAUGCGAACUCUUUCUCCUCUUCCUCCCGUCGUCAAUCUCCUCACCGCCGCCGUCAACCUCCAUCCCAGCGCCGCCCAUAACAACCUCAGUCUGUCCUAGUGCCCCAUAUCUCCGUUCUCUCGUCUCCCAGAACGCUCUUAUUUGUCGUUUCUGAUUUCUAGGUGAAGAAGAGGCGGUUCAAAUGAGCAAGUAUGGUUUGAACCUCAGGCCUGCGAAGGGAAAGAAGCAGCCACCAAGGCCUUCCAUUCCCCUUCCUUUUGGCUUCAAUGAAGAUGAUGAUAAUGAUGUUGAGAAAGAAAUUGCUAUCCAGGCUAGCAAGACUAAAAGUCUUAAGGAUGUUGAGGAGCAGCAAAAGAAAGCCUUGGAAGAAGAUCCAACCAUAUUUGACUAUGACGGGGUUUAUGACAAAAUGAAAGAGAAAGUUGCUCGUCCAUUGAUACAAGACCGUGAAGAGAGAAAGCCAAAAUAUAUCCAAAACCUUAUUCAGAAAGCAAAAGAGCGAGAGCAGUAUCGUGAGAUUGUAUAUGAGAAAAAGAUUGCCAAGGAGAGAAGCAAAGACGAUCAUCUCUUUGCUGACAAAGACAAAUAUGUUACAGAAGCAUAUAGAAGAAAGCUUGCUGAACGAGAGAAGCAGAUGGAACUAGAACGGCUCCGUGAACUUCAAGAGGAAAGAGAAGAUGUUACAAAGAAGAAGGACUUUUUGCUUGAUUUUUAUACAAACCUUGAUAAAAAUGUUGCUUAUGGUGCAAACGAUGCUCAAAGGAGAAAGCAUGACAAUCGGACUGAGAAUAGAGUUCCAGAGACACACGAGGGGACGGGCCCUGAUACAUCAAAUCAGCAUCAGGAUGGUAAUACGGAUGAAGAACAGCAUUCAUUGGCUAAGGCAAGUUCACCAGCAGAGACUUCCGAGAAAAAGAUUGGGGAUGAGGGUGAAACUUCCAAUCGUUCUAAUAGAAGCGCCAGUCCCUUGGAUACGAAGCCAAAGCUUGCAGUUUCUUCAGAAGAAAAGAGCUCAGUUGAGGAGCCAUCAGCAGCUUCACAACCAAAUCCAGAGCAUCACAAAAGAAGUCAAGAUGCUGUGGCUGCAGCAAAAGAACGUUUUCUGGCACGUAAGCGAGCAAAGCAACAGUGAACAGUUUUUUCUGCAUUUGCUCAGAGAUGUCCGGUGACAGAUUUUGUCUCUAGUAUUUCGGGUUUGAUUUUCUAUCCAUAAUGCUAUGUUACCUUAAAUGCUAAUAAAGAGCUUUAUCUGUUAAUAGGAGUCACAGAACGAGCUGAUACUCAGUAGGAGUGUAUGAUAUUUUGGCAAUUUUAUGAUAUCUAUAUUGGUGCCAAUGUAAUGAUUCACUUGGUCUGAUCAUGCACUUUUUCAAAGAUUAUGCAAUGUUGUCUAAAAAGGCCUUAUUGAA